GGACGAGUCCAGAGAUUAGAUACAGAACUUCACAGGGAAACUUUCUGGUGCCAAUACAAUGAUCAGGUUUUUGUUUAGAAUUCUGUGUGAUAAUGACCUACAGAUACCUACUGUAGUUGGGAACAUGUGAAAUCACAAUGAGAGCUGAUCCAGUACUUGGAGGUAUGUGGAAGGAAUAUCCAUGUUUUAAAAAUGAAUGGGAUAAAAAAAAAAGACUUCUAUAACAAAGCUUCAAAUAGUGAGAGAAGCAUUUUGCUGCUCUGUGGAAAAGAGGGUGUAGCUGGCAGGAAAUGUUACCAAGAGCUACUGAAGAACUUGACUUCAACUGAACUCGCCAGUAUGAAAUUUAAGAGGGUGAAAUGGAUAAGUUAAUUCUAGAGGGUGUUUUUUCUGGAUUUCCAUAGGGGGAUAAAAAGCAUUGCUUGCUGCUUUGUUUUCUUUUUUGCAUAACAAGGAAAAUAGUUUUGUAUGUGUUAUGAUAAUACACAGUAUAAACCUAUUCAUUCUCAUAUCAAACUUUUUCCCUGAAGGAUUUUGUUGUAUCUCAAAAUGUCCCAGCUGAGCAGAGCACCUCCUUGUGUGUCAUCUCAUCCUUUUAUUUAGUUUAGCGAUUUAUUUUAGUUUAGUUUUAGCAAUUUAUUUAGUAAAUAAGUAAGCAGACUGGGGUGUGCUUACAUGUCGCAUUUAUAUGGAUUGGUACUAUAGUAGAGAAAUACUUAUUUUUCAAUUAAGUUAGUUAAAUAGCACAGUUUUCUACAGUUUUCAAUACAACAGUUAAUCAAAUAAAAUAUUCUUUAGAGGGAAGAACGUUAAUGUAACUGCAGCUGACCUUUAAAAAAAAUCAACAGUCUGAGAAUGCAGGUGUCUUUCAUAGUUUCCUGUUUUUUUUUUUUUUUUUAAUAAAAGUGAAGUUGCCCAACUUCCACAUUUGUGUAACCAAACACAUGAAAGACACUUCAGCUUUAACUGGUUGGACAGACUUUUCACAAACAGGUGUUUAAACUACUGGUACUCGAGUUCUCUACCAGCAGGCGGGUGGCAGCUCUAUGGUGCGAGCUUCUCUUGCUGUUCAUUAGUAUUUGGAGAGGAUGGGAAGUUAUGCUUCGAAAAGAGCUGCAGAACCCAUUUCCACUACUGUCACUGUACAGACCACUGUACAUACCAUGGUAUCUACCACUGUGGCUGACAUGAAACCUCCGGAAGUCAAAUGCUGGAUUUAUAACCAUGAAAUCCUCUACAUGUCACUCGCCUUUAUUUCUGGCAUCCUGUCGGCUGUUCUGGCUUUCACCAUCAUCCACCUCUGCAGAAAAAAGUGCAGGAGACCCCACCAAACCUUACAAGAGGAACUUCCCACCCAGACAGUGACUGAGGAAUCUGAGAAGAACAGGCAGAGUAGCUGCUGGAAGUGAGAACCAGGAACCUGGAGCUGUGGGAAGGAUGUUGUGGAGCUGUGGGAAGGAUGUCCUAGACGGGCAGGAAGGAUUUCCAGCCAGCACCACCGUGGGCAGAGGCAGCUGAUGAACCUUCUCUCCCAGCAGAACAGCUGCUACUGUGGGUCUCUGAUGGGGAGAGGCUGGUCCUGCUGCACAUCUCAUUUCAUCGCAUCCUGCUUCAGGUGAGCUGAUGCUCAGGUGCCCUCUCAGGAGGCUGAGCAGGGUCUAUCUCCUUUGCAGUUGUGUUGCAGAACAUCCUUCCCUGCUCUCAGUCUUCUCUGUUUCUGUUCUUUCUCUAUACAUUAACGCCUUGUUCUCUCAGAGUUUGUCAGGAGUUUGGUGCAGCACUGCUCCCUCUUUUCUUAAUUUUUCAAAAAUACAUAAGAAAAAGUUUGCUGUGCAUCAUUCUGAGGAAGAAUUUUCUGCUCUUUAGGUGGGAACCUCUUUUUCUGCUGAAAGCAAUCAGGUCUAUCUAGUGAUGAGAGAUAAUGUAGCAAAAUUCUGAUGUACUUAUGCAAUUGCUUCCUCUGCUGGCCUUUGGAGUUAAACUGAGUAACAGGGCAGAGCUUUGGCCUGUGGGAAGGGUUGCAUCAGAUAAUAAAUUGAGAUGUCUGAUCUCAGCUAAAGGAGCUGCUGCUAACACUUUCUGACAUAAAAAACAGAAUGAUGCAUUCCCUUUUCUGCUUGUUGUAGACCACUUUUAUUAUUUAAAGCUGGAGGAAAAGAAGAGUCUGGCCUUUAAUGACCUAUUUACAGCUUGA